UUAAAGCACUUUAACAUGUCUAUAAAAGAGCGUACUAUUGGCGCCUACUAUCUGCUUAUUAUUAAUAGCUAUAAGAGCUACAACUCUAUAGAGUUUAAGGAAUACUAUGUAGAACACAAGAUUAUUACCUUAUAUAUGCCCCUAUACUUGUUACACCUGUUGCAGCUGCUUAAUGUGGCCUGUUUUAGCCCCUUAAAGAGGGUGUACUUAAUUAAGACAGCCUAUUACAAGGCUAUUACAAAAGACAAUAUCUAUAGAGGCUUUAGAGGCGCAGGACUAGUUCCUUUUAACCUAGAGCGAGUGCUAUUGAAGCUUGAUGUGGUCCUUCGCACGCCAACA